AAAGAAAACACAGGAGCAGAGCUGACACACACCCGCACUAACACACACGCACACACACACACACACACGGGCCAGGCAGCAGCGAGCAGGACGUUUAAACAUGUUUUCAGUUUUUCUUUAACUCGGUGCGUGUGUGAGAAACGCGGUAUCGGGGCCGCAGUGGCAUUAGGCGUUGACAGCAGAGGCUAUUAUAUCAGCAGACUGUAUCAACACAUGUGCCUGUGCCACAGCAGUAGGAGCACUGCGGCUGUGGAUCUGGACUCGGGCAGCUCCUACACCCAGUGGUCCACAGUCAAGGAAUAUGGAGGCUGUAGCUCCUCUCCGUCCCUAGCAGAAGGGCGAGGAGCAGCCUGAUUCCUUCUUACUUCCCUCCCCGCCUUCCUCGCCCCUACAUGGCCAGCAGGAGCCCCGCCGCGGGCCAGGAAGCCAGGGACCCAGCACCAGGGACCCUCGAGGUCGGUGCUGACUCCCAGCCGGGGCCCGAAAUCUUCUGCAAGCUUUGCCUCAGUGAGCAGCCAUCUGCAGCCACCAGGGAACUGCAAAGCUGCAACUGCAAAUUCUGCACAGCGUGUUUGCAGCAGUAUGUUCAGCUGGCCAUCAUGGAGGGUGGGGGGGCACCCAUCACCUGCCCAGAUAUGGCCUGCCAGAAGACUGGCGUGCUACUGGACUCUGAGAUAGCCAGCCUGGCUGGAACUGAUCAGGUGGAGCUGUAUCAGCGUCUGAAGUUUGAGAAAGGAGUAAAAUUGGACCCCAGUAAAGCCUGGUGCCCAGUGCUUGAAUGCCAGGCGGUGUGCAAUGUGCAGCCAAGCACCGAGGGCCAGCCCACCGCCGUGCCCUGCCUGACCUGUCACACCGUCUUCUGCUCUGGGUGCAGAGGGCCCUGGCAGGACAGCCAUUCCUGCCCCGAACGCCAGCCCAUGAUGUCACCCACACCCUCUCUUGAAAGCAGGACCCACUCCAACAGCCUAUCCGACAUGCCCAUCAAACAGUGCCCUAUGUGUAGUAUCUACAUCGAGAGGAACCAGGGUUGUGCACAGAUGCUAUGUAAGAGCUGCAAACACACCUUCUGCUGGUACUGUCUGCAGAAUCUGGAUGGUGAUAUCUUCCUGAGGCAUUAUGAUAAGGGACCAUGCAGAAACAAGCUGGGACACUCCAGGGCCUCUGUAAUGUGGAACAGAACACAGGUGGUGGGCAUCCUGGUGGGUGUCAGCAUCAUCGUGCUGGUGACAUCUCCGCUCCUCCUGCUGGCUUCCCCCUGCAUCCUGUGCUGCGUCUGCAAGCCCUGCAGAGGGAAGAAGAAGAAGAAGAAGAGGAAGAAGGACCUCAGCCAGCCAGACUCCUCCACAUCAUAGCAGCUCCCCCUCUCACCGGCCCGGUCCAGGGUCACUCAUGAAGCCCAAGGACACCAACAAAGUGCAAGUGCAAAUAGUGGAAAAAGAAUAAACUAAUGGAACGGUGGAAUACUUUCUCCCGACUGGAAGCCUUGUCAGUGGAACGGUGGAAGUGUAAAUAUGAGGAGAAUGAAUGUAACUCACUCACCUGGUUGUUUUCAGAUACACAACAGUUUGUACGCAAAAGGCGGUGGCUGUGAGAGUUUUCCUGGAUAGGGCUCUCUCUCUUUCUCUCUCUCUCUCUCUCUCUCUCUCUCUCACACACACACACGCACACACACACACACACACACACACACACACAUCCAGUUAAAAGUGCAACGCCACCCUCAUGUGCCAAAUGUCAUGAUGCCAAACCAGAGGUGUUAGGUGCUCAAGUGCCUCGCUCUACAGUGCCUGGUGCUUGGUUGUAUUUGCUUUGCCUUCCAUUCUAUCUUUAUCUUAUGCAAAAAUUUUAGCGUUAUGAAAAUGGACAACCGUCAGGAUCACACAGGGUUGUAAAUUCCUGAAAAAAUGCAAACCAUUCUUUCAUAAUGGGAGGAGGUUAAUGGCAUCAUGUGUGCACUGUAUAUUCUAUACUGAUAUGAAAUAUGAUAGGGCUUCAGUGGUGCACAGAGAACUUUUUUUUCUGCUAAUGUUUGUUGUUUCCACCUGGCUUACGUUCCAGACCAAAGGCUCUAAAGGAUAACAUGUACUUUUCUAAAGUGUGUUAAUAUAUAUUUAUGGGUUAUGUGUGUAUGGUAUCCAGUUAUCAUUUCUACAUUUCUGUUGAUCUUUCUGCAUCAAAUAUUUUAUAAAAGCGCCACUGUAAUUGAA